AUGGCAGGGCUGCCUCCUGCCCCCUCCUCCUGCCUCCCACAUUUUGUGGACCCCCGCAGCGCUGGGCUCACCGGAGCUGAAAGUGGCACCGCAUGGCCCCAGGCCCGGACACUGACACGUCCCUGCGAAAGGGUGAACGUCCCCAGGGGCAGGCGGGAGGGCUGGGGGGAAUGUGCUGCCGCAGUUGCAUCACCCCCCCGUGGCCCCGGCAUGCAGGGGGCCGGGAGGUUUUGCUGUGGGGUUAGCAGGCUUCCGAGCCACAGAGCCUCGUACACUUGCACGCUUGCACUCCUGCACGCUCACCACCCUCCACGUUUAACACUGCUGUGCCACAGCCAGGACUGCAAAGGACCCCGUGACAUGGCCCCGGAAAGCCACCCGCAGGAUAAUGCUGGCAGUUCCCAGCCCAAACCAAACACAUCUCUGGGUUGCAAACGCUUCGGGUUGGGGGUGGGAGAAGGUGGAGCCGAGGAGGAGCUUCCCCCGCCCGCCACUAUAUUAAAUGCCCUGGUGGACUCCCACUCUCUUUGCCGCUGUCACAUCGCCAGGUCACAAAAAUGGUGAGGGACAUCUUACACAGACAAGGGAGAAAAGCCCCUGCGAGGCCGCUUCAUCCAUUUCCACUCCAUCACUUUCUGGGUCGGCAAUGCCAAGCAGGCUGCAUCCUACUACUGCAACAAGCUGGGGUUCGAGGAGCUGGCGUACCGGGGCCUGGAGACUGGCAGCAGGGAGGUGGUCUCACAUGCCAUCAAGCAGGACAAGAUCGUGUUUGUUCUCUCAUCCGCUCUCAACCCGGGGAAUGAGGAGAUGGGGGAGCACCUGGUGAAGCACGGUGAUGGGGUGAAGGACAUUGCCUUUGAAGUGGAGGACUGUGACUUCAUCGUGCAGAAAGCCAAGGAGCGCGGAGCCGUGGUGGUGAAGGAACCCUGGGUGGAGGAGGACAAAUUCGGGAAGGUGAAGUUUGCAGUGAUCCAGACGUACGGUGACACCACCCACACCUUGAUAGAAAAGCUCAACUACAAGGGCCUCUUUCUACCUGGGUACCACCCACCCCUCUUCAAGGACCCCCUGCUGCCGAAGCUAUCGAGCGCCAAGCUCAACUUCAUCGACCACGUCGUGGGGAACCAGCCCGACCUCCAGAUGGUCCCAGUGGCGGACUGGUACCAGAAGAACCUGCUCUUCCACCGCUUCUGGUCGGUGGAUGACAAGCAGCUGCACACCGAGUUCAGUGCCCUGCGCUCCAUUGUGGUCACCAACUACGAAGAGACCAUUAAGAUGCCCAUCAACGAGCCAGCACUCGGCAAGAAGAAAUCCCAGAUUCAGGAGUAUGUCGACUACUACGGAGGGGCCGGAGUCCAGCACAUCGCGCUGAACACCUCUGACAUCAUCUCAGCAAUCACCAACCUGAAGCAGCGGGGCAUGCAGUUCAUGGACGUGCCAUCCAGCUACUACCAGAUGCUGCGGGAGAGGCUGAAAACUGCCAAAAUCAAAGUGAAGGAGAACAUUGAUAAGCUGGCGGAACUGAAAAUCCUGGUGGAUUUUGAUGAGAAAGGCUACUUGCUCCAGAUCUUCACCAAACCAGUUCAAGACAGACCCACGGUCUUUCUGGAGAUCAUACAGCGGCAUAACCACCAGGGCUUCGGAGCUGGGAACUUCAAGUCUCUGUUUGAAGCAAUAGAAAUAGAUCAAGACGCAAGAGGAAACCUGACCAUCCUGGAGCCCAACGGGGAGACCAAGCGCAUCUAA